UUUUCUUCCUCUUGGAUGAAGCUUUUAGAGAUGUUGGAUUUAGGCUGUCUGUGUCAGAUGCUAACAUGAAACUCAAAGAUGUCUGCACAGAUCCUGUUUUUUGUGCUAAAAGUUGCUGAUUGUCCAAGGGAGUGAGAGGUUAGAGGAAGCAGGUAACUCCAGAGCGUGAGAAUGUCCACAGCACAACUCUUCAUCUCUGGGGUGAUCAUCCUCGCAACUCUGUCAGGAGCACAUGGAGAUGAUGGAUACUACAGCUCCUCAGUGGAUCAGUGUCGAUUCAGCUCCAGGGACCUGAGAGAUCUGGAGUACAUAAAGUCUUACUGGUUUAACAAGGAUCCGUACAUGGUGUUCAACAGCACAGUGGGGAAGUUUGUGGGGUACACUGCGUAUGGAGUAUAUAAUGCAGAGAGAUUUAACAGCAAUCCAGGAAUCUUGGCACAGAUGCGUGCUGAGAAGGACAGAUACUGCAAACCCAAUGCCCAAAUUACGAUUGAUAACAUACUGGCGAAGGCAGCUGAGCCAGAGAUGAUGCUGAAGCUGACGAGAGCAUCCAGUGGUGGUCAACCUGCUGUGCUGAUAUGCAGUGCCUACAGCUUCUACCCAACGCCCAUCAGAAUGACCUGGUACAGAGAUGGACAGGAAGUGACCGGUGAGGUGGUAUCCAGUGAGGAGCUGGCGGAUGGAGACUGGUACUACCAGAUGCACUCCCACCUGGAGUUCACCCCCAAAUCUGGAGAGAAGAUCUCCUGUGUGGUGGAGCACUCAAGCCUGAAGGAGCCCAAGGAGUUGGUCUGGGGUGAGAACUCUGAGCCCUCCAUGUCCAGGGCUGAGAGGUAUAUGGUUGCCAUGGGAGUAGCAGAAAUGGUGCUGGGCCUGAGCUUCGCUGCUGCCGGCUUCAUCUACUACAAGUCCAGAGGGCGGAUCUCGACAACCAAGACCAGCAUGGACAAAGGUUUUCAUCAGAUGAAUAUGGAUAGCAACUUCCUGCUUUGGCUAUUGAGUUCCUACAGAUCCUUCUCAGUGCACUGUGAUUCAAAGACCCCGGUGAAGAAAUCAAUCCUGAACACCGUGUGCAGUGACCACUAAGUUGAAUCCUGUAUCUGCAGUUAUCAUUCAUUUCAAUCCUGAAUACUGUGCAGUGAUCAUUUUGUAACUGUUGUGAAUUAAAUGUCCUCAGACAAAAAUAAACUGUCUUUUGUAGAGGAAGGA